UUCCAAUUGAAUUGCGCGUCUUUCCUUCACCGCCAUCUUUCUAGAUGUCCCUAGCACAAAAGAUGGAGAAUGACGGUAACGGGGAUGCGAUGUCAACAUCGCGCUUGGACAUGGACGAGAGCAAACCAGAUGUAAUAUGGACCGUACAUGUCGAGGUCCGACUCUCGACGAAAUCUAGACGACGCGUAGACGUCAUCCAAAGUCUUGUUCGAGAUUUUAUCACCAAUAACUACGAUCCCAUUCAACUUCCAUCCGUCCUCGAUGGGUGGAAAGUAGACCCAACCCUUGCUUCAUCGGUGGACCGAAUCGCAAUAUCAGAAUCACCAUGUCCAUCAAAAUCAUUACGCCUCAAAGAGGUCUCAUUGGAAAUUCAUGCUUACCAACCACACGAAACCGAUGCGGUCGAAGAAUAUGCUAAUGGAACACCGGGAAGAGAUGGUGAGGAAAAUGUGCUCGCCGCGAGCGUGUGCGAACUCCCAUGUAAGGCAUGGGAGGGAUUGUGGGAUGGCUUGAUAUAUGCGGACAAUAUCAAGCUAAAACUACUCGAUUAUAUUCACGCAACUUUUGUUCUGAGCGACGCUGAUGUCGACUUCAACUUGGUGACAUGGAACCGUGUUGUGUUGCUGCAUGGACCCCCGGGUACAGGCAAGACAUCACUGUGUCGAGCGCUUGCCCAAAAAUUAUCAAUACGAUUAUCUCAUCGUUACUCUCAGUCACGUCUCCUAGAAAUCAACUCUCACUCCCUUUUUUCUCGAUGGUUCUCGGAGUCAGGUAAACUUGUACAACGUCUGUUCAGCAACAUCAUGGAAAUGGUGGAAGACGAAGACUGUUUUGUUGUUGUGCUAAUAGAUGAAGUUGAGUCCCUUACUGCAGCCAGAGCUGGUGCUAUGGCAGGCACAGAACCAUCGGACGGCCUGAGGGUAGUCAAUGCUCUCCUCACACAACUGGACAAGCUAAGGUAUCAGAAGAACGUUCUGGUGAUGUCCACAAGCAACCUCGCAAAAGCAAUAGACUCGGCCUUCGUUGAUCGAGCAGACAUCAUCCAAUACGUCGACUUGCCACCACGCGAAGCCAUUUAUGAGAUUCUUCGUAGCUCUCUGUGCGAAUUUGUAAAGAAAGGAAUACUACAGGAGACGACAGUUCCUGCGCUUGACCUAGCGCUGUACUUUGAAAGCAACAACAAAAAUCGCUCCGGCGCAAGUGAUGCCAUGAUGGAUCUUGCGUCGACUUUACUUGCUCUUGCUGAUAAAUGCCGAGCACAGCAACUUUCAGGACGCGCCCUUCGACGUUUGCCCGUUCUCGCGCUAGCGAGAUACAUCGGCAUCGGCGUUAGUACAUCAUCAUCCCCCAGCAAUAUCAACAAUUCCCGGUUCCAAACUGACAUACGCUUAUGGCUGGAUGCGAUGGAGAAGGUCCUCGAUGAUCGAGCUGCAGAUCACGGAAAACUUACAUAGUCGAAAUUAUGUUCUUAUGUUUGCAUCACUUUCGUGUAUUGUUGUCUUCUUGCACUCUCUGCCCCAUAUCUCAACAUGUAUGAUACCUGCAACCGCAAUCAAUCCACGUGUAUCAACACUAAAUUUGC